AUGACAGAACAAAGCAAGGAAAAGUUCGAAACACUGCAACUGCAUGCUGGUUACACGCCGGAUCCCCAUUCCAGAUCCACUGCGGUGCCCAUUUACGCGUCAGCUAGUUUUACAUUUCAUGAUUCAUCCCAUGGAGCGCGACUUUUCGGUCUCAAAGAGUUUGGCAACAUAUAUAGCCGCAUAACAAAUCCUACUGUCGAAGUUUUCGAGAAGAGAAUUGCUGCACUGGAGGGUGGUAUAGCUGCGCUCGCAACUUCCUCAGGUCAGGCAGCUCAAUUCUUGACGAUCGCUACCCUAGCACGGGCCGGGGACAACAUUGUUGCCAGUUCCCAUCUCUACGGUGGCACAUACAACCAACUGAAUGUGCUCCUUCCCAGGUUCGGCGUGACCACCAAGUUUGUCCGAAGCGGACGGUCUGAAGACUUUGCCGCUGCGAUUGACGAGAAGACAAGGGCCGUGUAUAUCGAGAGCAUGAGCAACCCCGACUAUGUCGUCCCGGAUUUCGAAUCAAUUGCACAGAUUGCACACGAAAAAGGCGUGCCUUUAAUCGUGGAUAAUACUCUUGGAGCGGGUGGUUACUAUGUUCGCCCCAUCGAACACGGCGCGGAUGUCGUCGUCCAUUCGGCUACGAAGUGGAUCGGUGGACAUGGGACGACUAUCGGCGGCGUUAUUAUCGACUCUGGCAAAUUCGAUUGGACUAAGUAUCAAUCGCGCUUCCCGGAGAUGGUCGAACCUUCACCGGGUUAUCACGGUCUCAAGUUCUCGGAGACUUUUGGGCCGGCGGCGUUCAUCAUCCGUGCACGGGUGGAAAUGUUGCGAGAUAUCGGGGCUUGUUUAAGUCCCUUUGCCGCACAGCAGCUUUUAAUGGGUAUUGAGACUCUGAGUCUGCGGGCCGAAAAACACGCCGAGAAUACCGCGAGACUCGCCGAAUAUCUGCAGUCCAAUCCACAUGUCGAUUGGGUAUUAUAUCCGGGAUUGUCGAGCCAUCCAAGCUAUGAACACGCUAAGAAGUACUUGACACGGGGCUUCGGUAGCAUGUUGAGCUUCGGAGUGAAGGGCGGAUCUGAAGCAGGGAGUAGGGUUGUCGAUGGACUGAAGCUCUUCUCAAACCUCGCCAAUCUUGGUGAUUCGAAGAGCUUAGCAAUUCAUCCAUGGACAACGACACAUGAGCAACUUUCGGACGAGGAGAAACAGGCUUCAGGGGUAACGGAAGACCUGAUCCGUUUGUCCGUGGGAACAGAACAUAUUGAUGACAUUAUCGCUGACCUCAAGCAAUCUCUGCAAGGUGCCUUGGGCAACGAAGCGCUCUGA